GUCAGUUAGCGAGCUCGCUAGGAAAGGGACGUGUCAGUGAAGAAAGGUAGCUAGCUAGCGUAGUUUUAAUUUUUAAAAUCCACACAGAGCUGCAAUUUUCAGGUGGAGGCUGUCAAUUUUUCUUUAAAUAUAUUACGUGGACCGUUUAAACAGAGGACUCAACAAUAGUUCGUUUUGUUUCUGUCUGGCGGAGUCGACAUGUUAGCUCGUAGCUAGUGGUAGCUAAUGUUGGGUAGACUUGCUGCCUGCUAGCAUAUGCGUUCGAUAGCUGUGCCUGUGUCAAUCAGUAUUUCUGGGAAAGGAAAGUCGGAGAGGCUUCUCUCCGCUAUUCUAUCUUAAUCACGGCGGCUUUGACAAAAUCAGAGACUUGGGACUCUUUUGAAAUACAACAUUUUGGAAGCUGGAUCAUUCCUAACCUAUUUAUUGUGGAGUGUUUUGUAUCAAAUCGUGCGGUCCGGGAAGCCGGGCCUGCAGUGGAGAAACGGAGUAAGGCCCAUGACCCAGUAGGAGAAGAAGCCAUUGGCAUUCUAGUUAGCUACUACUACUAGCUAACUGUCAACUGACAGCGGGUUUUCGGGGAAUAUUUUUUUUUUGGCAGUGGUUCGUUCAGAGGCAAAAUACUUUCUUUUAAUUUAAAAACCCUAAAGACUCCAGCCACAGAUAUGGCUGCAAUAAUAAAGGAAAUCGUCAGUCGAAAUAAAAGAAGAUACCAAGAAGAUGGCUUUGACUUGGACUUGACCUAUAUUUAUCCCAACAUCAUAGCGAUGGGCUUUCCUGCCGAGAGACUAGAGGGUGUUUACAGAAACAACAUUGAUGACGUUGUUCGAUUUCUGGACUCGAAACACAAAAAUCACUACAAGAUCUAUAAUCUAUGUGCGGAACGCCACUAUGAUACUACGAAGUUCAACUGCCGUGUUGCACAGUAUCCGUUUGAGGAUCACAACCCCCCCCAGCUGGAGCUGAUCAAGCCCUUCUGUGAGGACCUGGACAAGUGGCUGAGCGAGGACGAGAACCACGUGGCGGCCAUCCACUGCAAGGCCGGGAAAGGGCGCACGGGGGUGAUGAUCUGUGCCUACCUGCUGCACCGCGCCAAGUUCGGGGAAGCUCAGGAGGCCCUCGACUUCUACGGGGAGGUCAGGACCAGAGACAAGAAGGGCGUGACAAUCCCCAGCCAGAGGCGCUACGUGUACUAUUACAGCUACCUGCUCCACCACCACCUGGAGUACAAGCCCGUGGCCCUGUUGUUCCACAAGAUGGUCUUUGAGACCGUCCCAAUGUUCAGUGGAGGGACCUGCAGGGACUCUUCAGUUAAAAACAAGAGUGAGCAGAUGCCUCAUGGCUUUCGAAAAGGGAAUUGGCACUGGGACCCCCAGUUCGUGGUGUACCAGUUAAAGGUUAAGAUCCACACUUCCAACCCGGUCCACACGCGCAGGGAGGAGAAGUACAUGUUCUUUGAGUUCCCCCAGCCUCUGCCAGUGUGCGGGGACAUCAAGGUGGAGUUCUUCCAUAAACAGAACAAGAUGAUGAAGAAGGACAAAAUGUUUCACUUCUGGGUGAACACCUUCUUCAUCCCCUGGCCAGAGGAGAAGCCUGAGAAGCAGGAGAACUCUGACAAGGUGGAGAACGGCAGCGUGGCCGUGGGCCGGGAGGCCGAGGCCAACCAGGCGCUGGGGGGCGAGGCGGCCCCCGAGAACGACAGGGACUUCCUGGUCCUCUCCUUAACCAAGAACGACCUGGACAAGGCAAACAAGGACAAGGCCAACAGAUACUUCUCCCCCAACUUCAAGGUGAAACUGUACUUCACCAAGACCGUGGAGGAGGGGGCGAACUCUGAGGCCAGCAGCACCUCCACCUCCGUCACGCCGGACGCCAGCGACAACGAGCCCGACCAUUACCGCUACUCCGACACCACGGACUCCGAUCCCGAGAACGAGCCGUUCGACGAGGAACACCACACUCAGAUCACCAAGGUCUGAGGCCUGGCGCAGCAGCCCGCGGACAGGCGUACGGACGGACAGAGGAAUAAAAAGAAAAAAAAGAAAGAAAAAAAAGAGAAACUUGAAUAUAAACUACAAAACAGACAAGUAACUUCUCCUCCCCCCUUGCCUAGGGCAUCUGUAUGACAGUUAUACCCCGACCUCCGGCUUUAGGAAACCAUAAUGCUGACCAAUUUGACUCUUUUUUUUCUUCUUUUUUUCUCGUCUCCUCCUUCCCUCCUUUCUUCAUGCAAGAGCGUUGCCAGAGAUUCACACUGGGGGAGUGCAGUUUGAGGAGAGGUUGUUGUUGUUGUAAACCCCCACCCCCCCACCCCCCUCUCUCUCUCUCCGAGGCUGAGGCUAGAGUGGGACCCUACAGAAUGGAAUGUUUAACUAGGCUUGAGACGGUCUGGGAGAGAGAGAAUGUACAAGAGAGAGAGAGAUCUGCUCAUUGGAUUAUCCGGAUGUUCAGCAGCUUCAUCUUCUGUGGAAUACAAACCCAUGGCCAGUGCUUCUGUCACCUUCGACACCCUCUGGACCCCGAGCCCCACCCACUUUGGACACACACACACACACGCAGCUCUUAUCCCCUGCGCCCCCCCCCCCCCCCCCCCGCCGCCAUCCUACCUACUGUGAAUGCUUCGUAGUGCAGACAGUCCAUCACACACGUGUUCGUCGGCGCGAUGGACCCUGUACGGUGGAAUCCCUCAGUCCAAUGUAUAAUUGUUAUAUUCACCAUGAUUAUUCAUAUUAUGAAGCUAUCUAACAAGUGUCCAUUCCUACUCUGUGUAGGCUUGUGUUGAAGGUAAGCAGAGAAACAUUCGCCUAUGUGUCGUUGGUGUUUUUACAUUAAGAUAAAUAAUAUAAACUAGCUAUACACAGCAGGGAAGUCACUUGUGUUGCAAUAAUGUUAACACUAUUAGGGUUCAACAGACAACACUAUGUUGUGCAUGACAACAUUAUUGGAAUCAGUGUCCAUCUUGUUCAAUUCAUUGUAUUGUUUUUCUUUAACAAGAAAAGAAAACUAUUUCCUAAAAUGUAAUUUUGCAAGGUGAUUGAAUCUACCCAGGUGGCAAAGAUGUCAUAACUCCGUAUUCUGUUUUGGGUAGGGUCAUACGGGGGGGGGGGGGGGGGGUCAAAGACAUCUCUGAACUCCCACAAUGCAACGGUUCAUUGGCACAGUCUUGGUGACGAGUCACACACGGCCGUGUCGUAAUCAGUGCCUCCCUCACUCAAUCAUGUGUUUUGAGGGAAGGGAAUCUUUUUUCUCUCUUUCUCGUUUCUUUGGACUUUUUACAAAUAUCUCUUAAGUGUCCAGCUCCCUUCCAUCACAGCCCAGACCUAGCAUCAGACCCUGCAUCACUGUUCCUGCGCAAGACUCCCUCCUUGGUCUCUGGGCCCACGUUCAUUUUCCACGGACUGAACUCCUUUUUUGUUUUGAAAGCGAUGUGGCUGAGCUGUGGAGCGCUCCCAGCUGGCCGGCCGGCGUGGUCCCUCCCUGGGUGGGCCCCCGGCCACGAGCAGACCCCCCAGGCCAGAGACGGGGGAGGCAGGCCGAGGUAUUGAAUGUAACCCUUCACCUCUGAGCUGAUCCUGGAGCAGUGAUGCACGGUCUAGGAGUAGACCCACAGGGGCAAGACGGUGUGUGUGUGUGGGGGGGGGAUCUCUGUAGUUUCUGUACAGCCGGGAGCGUCACUCCGCCUGCACUGGGGGUGGUCCCCCCCCCCCCCCCCCCCCCCCCCCCCCUCCGAAGCCAGGUGCUCUAGAACAACCGCUCUUGGGAUCCGCAGCAACCUUCUAGGGGUGUUUCCCAUGGUGCAGUUCAGUUUGGAACAGCCCUCUUUCUACCCUGCAGGGUCCAGUGACGUCACAAUGGGAUGGGAUCAGCCAGGAGUGUCCUUUCUGCUACCUCCCCUGCGAUCGUCUAGUCUAGACCCCUCCCCUACCAGGAUUCCUUGUGUUCUGGACAUUCCAUGCGGAUCGCAUCCCAGUUGACGCCUGGAAACCCUGCCAGGCGUCUGUCCAACCAAGGUGCUCACUAACUGCCAAACUACAUCUGUAGAAACGUCCCGCGAAAACAACACAGGGGCCGAGAGCCCCGUGCCUGGCUCCUGGUGCUCCUGGUGCCUGGCUCCUGGUAUCUAGGGCUCCUGGUGUUCCUGGUGCUCCUGGUGCCUAGGGCUCCUGGUAUCUAGGGCUCCUGGUGUUCCUGGUGCUCCUGGUGCCUAGGGCUCCUGGUGCCUAGGGCUCCUGGUGCCUAGGGCUCCUGGUGUUCCUGGUGCUCCUGGUGCCUAGGGCUCCUGGUGCCUAGGGCUCCUGGUGUUCCUGGUGCUCCUGGUGCCUAGGGCUCCUGGUAUCUAGGGCUCCUGGUGUUCCUGGUGCUCCUGGUGCCUAGGGCUCCUGGUGCCUAGGGCUCCUGGUGCCUAGGGCUCCUGGUGCCUAGGGCUCCUGGUGUUCCUGGUGCUCCUGGUGCCUAGGGCUCCUGGUGCCUAGGGCUCCUGGUGUUCCUGGUGCUCCUGGUGCCUAGGGCUCCUGGUGCCUAGGGCUCCUGGUGCCUAGGGCUCCUGGUGCAUAUCCACUCUCUUACUCUCCACAAGGCCAGGCCGUGCUAUUUCUCUGUGAUCUCGUUCAGGUGCUGUCCUUGUCUGACUAGGUCUCUCUUCUCUCUCAUAUCUUCCUGUCUUCUCUAAUUCUAUCUUGUCUCUUUUCCUUUUUCUUAAAAAAAAAAAACCCCCCAAAAAAAAAAAAACAUACAGGUGUCAUUCCGUUACGGAAUGAGAACAGUGCAGCUACAGGUUUUACCGAAAUUCUCGCGCUUGCUUCGGAAAUAUGAAAACUCCUCCUAUAUAUGAGAAUAUUUAGAUAUGUAUCGUUUCUUUUUAAGCAUGCCAAAAUUGUAGUUUGUGCCUGCUGGCCUAUGGGGGAGUGCUGGGCCGGUGGGAAGGACAAAACGAGACAAAACAAGACAGUACCACAGUUUGUCCGUCUCUCCUCCUGCUGGAGUCGGGCUCCUGUCGGCGGAAGGUUGCGAGCCCCAGGUUCCUCCGUCACCUGCCGGUACUGUCAGGCCAGGUGGCCGUGACGCUGAACAGCCCAUGAGUCGUAUCAGGGACAGUGGAAGCCUCUGACCUCCCCCCCCCCACCCACAUGGCUUUCAGGCCACGGGGCAGAAUUGAGCAGGCUCAUUUCAGGCGGUUACAUUUACUGGGAACUCACCCCCCACCACCCUUUCUACGUUUCCUUGCUCCCCCAAAUGAUGGCACUUUUUUUUUUUUUUUUUUUUAAGCCGGAACGUUAAGAGAUUGUGUCUUUUUAAGACGGGAGCUCCUCUCACAAAGCCCACCGAACGUGCCCUCAUGGCUGGCAUCGGGUCGACACACUCUGUUCCCUUGCGUUCUUUUGUUUUCCUCAUUUGUACACCAGCCAACCCAGGAACACUUAAUCUAGGAUGUUCUCUUUUAUUUCUGUUUACAUUUAAUGACAUCACUGAACCUGCCAAAAGUAAGCUCAAUCUUUUUGUUGAUUUUGUUUGUUUAGAUUUUUUUUUUCUCUCUCUCUUUUCUGUUUGUCGUUUUCUGUUUGUUGAGGGCCUAUGGGAGGUAUUCUUUGCCUUACUUGAAGUUGACAAUGCCUACUGCUUCUGUCCACAACUCCGUCUCUUUCUCUCUCUGUCUCUCUCUGUCUCUCUCUGUCUCUCUCUCUGUCCAUCCGUCUCCCUUUCAGCCCAGGCACUGACUUGAUGCUUCAAGUACCUAUUUAAAGCUACUAUGACUAGAGCAACAUAAUUGGACUAGACUUUUGCACUGUUCCAGGUUUUCGCAGGGUUUUAGUCAGUGGUCCACAGUAUUCUGUUGAUGUAGUUGUUUAUUUUUCCGUUGUCCCCCCCUUCGGUAUAUGAACCUGUCUAGCUGUCUUAGUGAGAGAUGGAUGUGGACUGGUCCAGCCAGCUAGCGUACCCCAAUAACUCUGUACCCACACACCCCAUAUACAAACAACCAUGUUCUUUUGACUGAAAGUGUCCUGAUCCCCCCCCCCCCUCCCCUUAUCUUUUAUCCCUUUUGUUUUUUUUUUUAUAAAACAAAAUAAAAACUGUAAAAAUGAGAUUUAUUUAUGACAGUAUUCCUAUGUACCGUGGUGGAGGGUGUGUAUAUGAUCUGCUGUAGGCCCCUUGGCUCCGCCUCUCAAACACCAGACAACAAGCUAACGGUCGAAUCCAGGGAGCCAUCCCAUCGGCCAGAAUCCAUCCAGGGCAGCCAUUGGUCAGGAGCCUAGACCAGGCCUCGAGUGGGAAGCCGAAAUCCCAUUGGUCAGCGAGGGAGUGUGUCUGAGAUCUACCAUUGGCUAGGAGCCUAGACUAGGACAUAUCCUCAGACACAUCCACCUGCACGUAGACUUAAUGUUGCCAAGGUGACAGUACUGUCAGUCUGAACAGUGUAGGGUGACGUGGUUUCCCGGGGCAACCCAGUCAGCUCCGUGGCGCGUGGCAGCCAUGCUCAGACUGCUGUGGACUCACAGACAGCAUCAGCUCGAUUUCAGCUUUAAAUAAAUACAAAACAAGCAACAACAAAAAAAAAAAACUUUAAUCGUCGUCAUGGUGCCAGUGUGUAGGUUUGUGUCACUAGUUUUGAGCUGAUAUGUGCAAUAUGUUCUACUGAUGCCUGUGGUUGCCACAAAAGUGCCUUUCGUUUUACCUGUCCAGAUCAAAACGGAAGUACUGUUCAUGCAGAGGGGAACGGGCCAAGCUGUGCACUAAAUCAAUCAGGCUCUACCUGCCGACACUGGCUCCUGGCAAGGGGGUGCUUUGAUUUAAAUCACCACAUGUACCAGGUGGACGGGGCUUGCGCUUCAGGAACGGUUCGACAAAAACAAACAAGGUUCCAUGUUUUCUCUCAGCAAGUGCACCUGGCUAGACAAAUCCAACUGACCCCAAAUCUUUUCAUGGUUUUUCUAUUUCGAUUCGGUUCUUUUCCCUCCCCCUGGGUUUUGGCGAAUGCAGCGGCCUGCACAGCCAUGCUCUAGUCCUGCUCUCUCCUGUCUUUCACAGAGAAACAGCCUUAUCCUGCUGAGCCGGUCACAUAUGGCUGCUGUUCUCGUGCCGCAGUAGCUCUCUGUGUGUGUGUGUGUGCGCGCGGGUGUGUGUGCGCGUGUGUGUGCAGCGCUAUGCACUGAUAAAUACACAACCAACCAUGUAUGGAGACAAAAAGGUGUACAGGUUCUAAUUAUGCUCAUACAAAUCAUAUGUCUGUUUGUUACUGUGUGUAAACUGCCCUUUAUCUUUAGUGUCAUAAACUUCACAUAAAUCCAAA